AUGGUGCCAACAAAUGCAACCCAUGUGGCAGCAGCAUUUAAGUGUCGGAGUAGCCAAAUUCCAAGUAAAUCACACCAUGCAUCUAUCAAAAGAUCAUUGGGUGAGGAUCUUAGAAUGCGCCGUGCUGCUGAUGCCACUAAAAUGAAUUGCAAGGAAAAAAUCACAUUGACAUCAUCACUAAUUUGCAAAUCUGAUAAUAUUCAACGUUCUGUUGGGGCUGUAAGUGCUUUGGUUCAUAAGAGUGUUUGUCUUAGUUCUCAAAUUACAACUCCUACAACAGAUGCAUUGCUAACUCCUAUUGUUGACCUACAAAUGUCACCAAAGAAAGCAAUCCGCGCUGCAAUGCUGAAAAGUCGUUUUGCAAACACCGUUUUGAAAGCUCGACAGAAUUUAUUACUUGUUAAUGGUGUCAAAGCUAAUACAGUGAAGAUGCAACGGGAACAGGAAAAGGUGGAAACAAGGUUGCGUGAAGAAAAGGCAAAGAUUGAAGCUCAGAUCAGAGCUGCUGAAGCCGCAGCAAAACUGAAGGCAGAGGUUGAGUUGAAAAAACAACGGGAAAAAGAAAGAGAAGCUGCUAGGGUUGCAUUGCAAAGGAUGGAAAACACAGCUGGGAUUGAACUGAAUUUGGAGAUUGUAAAGGACCUCGAUAUUCUGAGUGGAUGCUCUCUUUCUUGUGCGAAUCCACUGCAUCAACUCAGUUUGUUCAUCAAAGGCGAGAAUUAG